UAUUUGCAGGAAAUUUCGAAGGGAUGGGUGCAGCCACCUUCAUAUUUGUCCCGCAUUUGCGUGUGCUUAUUUAUCACGCAUAGCGAUAAUAUUCCUGAUAUCGACCGCGGUUGUGCGGCGUGCGCUCGUGCGCGGGGGCAGCCCCUUCAGAAGGCAUGCAUCAGGCAGGCGGUCUGCUGAAAAAUUUGCGUGGGAGUUCCCUUCAAAGCCCCCUCCUUCUUCCUCCCUGGCGGUCUCUCCCUCCCUCUCCCGUGCAUCCUCCCCCACAGCAGCAGCAGCAGCAGCAGCUUAGCCCAGCAUCCUGCUUUCUCCAGCAUCCAGCAUCCACCCGAGCCUCGGAAAGAAGCAGCAUCAAGUCCUACCCUGGCACAGCCGCUCCGACCCUCGGAGGAGGAAGAGGAGGAGAAGGAGGAGGAGGGGGGACUCAUCCUCACCAUCCGAGUGAUGCCACAGCAUCAAUUGCAUUCGGAGCAGCAGCGCUGAGAGUUGAUCUUGUAUUUCAGCGCGUUCGGGAAAGAGGGAAGCGUUUCCAGACAGCCGCAAACUGCCCAUGAAGAUGUCCAACGCUGACAUCGUCCUAAACGCCGCCGAUCGGGUGGUGAAAUCUGUCCCCUUCCCCCUCAGCCAUCGCCUUACCAUGAAGGAAGUGUUCGACUGUGAAGGGAAACCCCGAGUGGAUCUCCUGAAGGCUCACCUUACCAAGGAGGGCCGCGUGGAGGAAGCCGUGGCGUUGCGAAUCAUCAACGAAGGAGCGGCAAUCCUGCGCCAGGAGAAAACCAUACUGGACAUUGAGGCGCCGGUCACAGUUUGUGGGGACAUUCACGGGCAGUUCUUCGACCUGAUGAAGCUUUUCGAAGUGGGCGGAUCACCAGCCACGACACGCUACCUGUUCCUGGGGGACUAUGUCGACCGUGGCUACUUCAGUAUUGAGUGUGUUUUAUAUCUUUGGUCACUGAAAAUCCUCUAUCCAAAGACACUAUUUUUACUGCGUGGAAAUCAUGAAUGUAGACAUUUGACAGAAUAUUUCACCUUCAAACAAGAAUGUAAAAUCAAAUAUUCGGAGCAGGUGUACGACUCAUGCAUGGAUGCUUUUGACUGCCUUCCUCUGGCUGCGCUCAUGAACCAGCAGUUUCUGUGCGUCCACGGCGGACUCUCACCUGAAAUACACACCUUAGAUGAUAUUAAAAAGUUGGAUCGGUUCAAGGAGCCGCCGGCUUUCGGGCCCAUGUGUGACCUGCUGUGGUCGGAUCCUCUGGAGGACUUUGGCAAUGAGAAAACGCAGGAAUAUUUCAGCCACAACACAGUACGAGGUUGCUCCUACUUUUACAGUUAUCCAGCUGUUUGUGAGUUCCUACAGAGCAAUAACCUAUUAUCAAUUAUCCGAGCGCAUGAGGCACAAGAUGCAGGUUACCGGAUGUAUCGUAAAAGCCAGACCACAGGAUUCCCAUCCCUCAUCACCAUCUUCUCUGCACCAAACUACUUGGAUGUUUACAACAACAAAGCUGCUGUACUCAAAUACGAAAACAACGUCAUGAACAUCCGACAGUUCAACUGCUCACCUCAUCCCUACUGGCUGCCAAACUUCAUGGACGUCUUCACCUGGUCGCUGCCGUUCGUUGGAGAGAAAGUCACAGAGAUGCUGGUGAAUGUGUUGAGUAUAUGCUCCGAUGACGAGCUAAUGAAUGAUGAAGAUGAGAUAUUCGACGCCAAUGCAGCUGCGGCACGCAAGGAGGUGAUUCGAAACAAGAUCCGUGCAAUUGGGAAAAUGGCCAAGAUGUUCUCGGUCCUCAGAGAGGAGAGUGAAAAUGUGUUGACGCUCAAGGGCCUGACGCCCACCGGCAUGCUGCCGAGCGGGGUUCUCUCUGGGGGCAAACAGACGCUGCAGAGUGCCACCAUUGAAGCCAUUGAAGCCAUCGAGACGAGUGAUGAGGACGGAGAAGCCAUCCGUGGCUUUUCCCCCCAGCACAAGAUCACCAGUUUCGAGGAAGCCAAGGGCCUGGACCGCAUCAACGAGCGCAUGCCCCCGCGCAGGGAUGGAGUCAACCAUGUGGGUCACUCCAUGGGAAAGAUGAAUAUGUCCGAGGCGAACGGCACGGAUGACAACAGCAACAUCCAGUGAGCCUCGGUUGGUGAUGGUGGUGGUUGUGGUGGAGCUAGGAAGGGGUAGUGGGGGGGGGGCUCCGACCUUGCAGAUAAUCCACCCCCCCCCCCCCCGCCCCCGUGCAGUGAGACGUUGCCAAAUCGAAAUUCAGGCCUCAGAACAUAGAAACACAAAUGGGGCCAUAUCAGACAGACAGAAGGGGAUCUGCAGCAAAUGUAAAAUGAGGAAAAAGGUCAUUUAUUUAGUGACAGAAUGUGAAGGUUGAGGGCGGGGGCCUGAGGGCUGCCGUGUAGUUAAAAGUUGUCCGCUUGUUGUUCCCUCUCUCUGCUCAAUUACAGACUGAACUAAGUCGGACAUUGUUUCGUGGACACGUGACCGGCAAAAGGCAACAUUUCAGUAUCCGUGCCAUGCAAAUGAUUUUAUUCUUUUUUUUUUUAAUGUUUAUAUCAAGUCAUUCACAGAUUCACACCUUGGGGAUAUUUAUCUUGCUUUGAGAGUAUUAUAUCAGAACACCUUGGGGAGGGGGGGGGGGGAGUAGCAGUGAUUUUGUCUGGCAACAAACUGCUUUUGGAUACUUCAAAAUGUGCCCAUUCAAAUUUUCCAAACCAAUCUACCAAAAAAAAAAAAAGACAAAUAAAUAAAUAGUGUUAAUAAUGAAAUGAAACUUUAGAGAUCAUGCUGUGUGGCAGUCAUCUUUUUUUGGAUACAAACCAUAUUUGGCUACUUGAGCAUAUUUGGAGACGUACAAGUCAGAAGAUGUCACAGGUAAAUCAUAAUCUGACAAUAUUGUCACAACAUUACACCGGAGGCUAAUCAUGACCUUUUUGGAAAAGUUAACAAAGGUAGAAAAUGCCCCCUAACAAUGAGGAAUUCCCAUGAAAUUGAAUGGCUAAUCUGUGAGGAUUAUUUUAUUUAUUUACCUUGUAUUGAUAUUUUCUUGAAAGAUGAGCAUUAAAAAGUCACUGCAGUGUGAGAUUAAACCUCCACAUGACUCGCCGCCAGUCAUCUCCUAGCAACUCGGAGGAGUUGAGGGCAGAAAAGUGGGGGAUGGGGAGACUUAAUCUCCUCGGUAUCUACAGUAUCUAUUAAGAGAAUGUGAAAUGGGAUGCAUUUUUUUAUUUUCAUAAAAGCCGUCCUCAAAGAGACAUUUGCACCUCACUGCAUCAUUUGUGGUCACGUUGGCAAUGCAUGGCAUUACCUCGCACAUCCUCACUUUCUGGAAAGACAAUAAAAAAAAUACUCGAGCAUCCUCCUCCACUGAAGAAGCUUCAGCAAUCACGCCUGCAUUGCUACAAAACAGAGACAAAGAAGGAAAGAGAUUUGGGGGUUUUUAUAAUAUAUCCUGCUUGUCCAGCACUGCUCGAGAUGUGUGCUGUCACUCAGGUGUGCAUUCGCGCCUCAUUUUUUUUUCCACCCCCGCAUAUGAGUUUUAAAUGUGUAUUAGCUAAAGAAAGAACUUUAUCAGUACGAGAAGUCGACAAAUUUAAAGGUACGUGUAUUGUAUUAUCUUAAAUUAUAAGGGGCAGGGUCAUUUAUUGUUAAAUGACAAAUCUGACAGUGGAACUUCACAAAGGUGUCCACACUGUGAUUAAAAGAAACAUUUUUUUUUUCCUGCAAUUUAAUAAUUAAAAAAUGAUUAACUGCUUGUUUUAUAUAGAAUUUGGAAAGUCACUAAAGUAGGAAGCCCGAACUUGAAGUAAAAUGUUUCACAUAUUUUAAAAUGUUUUAUUUUUUUUAAACGUUAUUCUAAAGGAAAAAGGUGCAGUCUGUGACUCUGGGAUGGACAAAACAGUGUUUUUUAAACACGGCAUCAAUGGUAUGGAACGCAUCGAUGCAUGCAGUUAAGUUCCUAAUUGUAACGUGAGAUUAUAAUUGUGAUACUGUAGUCGUGAUUCAAAUAGUAAACUUGAAUUAUUUUAUGAUUAAAUUCAAUUUGUUGUUUCAUUUGUCUUGUUUUAUAAAUUUGAUAAAUAGGCUUCCUUCUUGUUUUUGUCCAUUUUUUUUUUACGUUACUUAUUACCUCUGCUUUUAAUUUUAUAUUGAGUCGUCGUAUGCAGGGAUGCCCUUCACAGGUGUGAAGCCUUGUUUACAUUUCUGUUGUACUGAUGUACAGAACAUGUUUAAUAGUGUGAAUGAAUAUAAUCUCAGUGAAAAGCUACUUUCAGGCUGCCAAAGCAUGAUAGCAUGGUUUUCAGAUGUAAAUUAAUGGGACACCAAGAAAAUCACGUGUCACACUUACGUUGAACAAGAAACUGUACUGGUUCUAUUUACUGCUGAUAUUACCAUUAUUGUUACAAUUUAAUCUUAUGGUUCUUUUCCUUCCUCUUGUUCUGGUUCUUGUAUGGUCUACAUGCAUAUUUUGACAAAAAUAAUGGAUUUUUUCUUGCAUUUUAAAAAAAAAUAUCUCUAGAGAUAUGUUUUGGCAUUUGACUACCUAAAUGAUACACACAUUGUAAGCAUGCCCUAUGGGACAAAUUUCUCUCUAUCGCUCUCUCUCUCUCUUUUUUUUUUUUUUUUUUUUACUCUUGAAUAAAAUAUGCAUGAACAAAA